AUGCUGCAGCCGCGGAUAUGUCAUUUCCAGCCCUCGCGACUGGGCCGGGCGCUGCUGUCUGCCCGCACCUACGCACAAGUCCAGGCCAUCGACGUUAAACCACCCCCAUCGAUACAGCCUACCGUGGCUGCCGACGCCGGUGAACUGAAACAGGAAGGAACACGAAAGGAGCGAUUUAUUCCUCUACGCACAUACAAGCCCCGCACACCUGGUCUGCGACACCUUAAACGACCUGUCAACGACCAUUUAUGGAAGGGACGACCGCACCUCAAGCUCACCAUCGCCCGCAAGGGACAGCAUCUGGGAGGAAGGAACAACACAGGACGAGUCACAGUCAGGCAUAGAGGUGGCGGCCAUAAGAGAAGGAUACGCAUUGUCGACUACAAGCGCUAUCUGCCCGGCAAGCAUGUGGUGGAAAGAAUAGAGUACGACCCCAACCGGAGCUCACACCUGGCCCUCAUUACCCGCGUGGCAACCGGAGAGAAGUCGUACAUCAUCGCUGCAGAUGGCAUGCGGGCGGGAGAUGAGGUCGAGAGCUACAGGAGCGGUAUUCCUAAAGAGCUGAUUGCCAGUAUGGGUGGCGGCAUCGAUCCCGGUAUGCUGGCCGCGAAGACGGCGGCGAGAGGAAACUGUCUUCCCAUUCACAUGGUGCCCCUUGGUUCUCAGGUCUACAAUGUAGGCACCAAGACACAAGGUGGGGGUGUUUUCUGCCGCAGUGCAGGUACAUACGCCAUCAUCGUGAACAAAGAGGAAGUCGAAAAGGGCAACAGCACAGAGAUCAAGCAUGUUAUCAUCCGAUUGAUGAGCGGCGAAAUCCGCAAAGUCAGUGGGGAUGCGUGCUGUACUAUUGGCGUUGCUAGCAACCCUCAAUCACAUUUCACAUCGCUCGGCAAAGCCGGUCGUUCACGGUGGUUAGGAAAGCGACCGGAGGUCCGCGGUCUUGCAAUGAACGCAGCUGAUCAUCCUCACGGUGGUGGUCGUGGUAAAUCCAAGGGUAACGUGCAUCCUGUCAGUCCAUGGGGCACUCCAGCAAAGGGAGGUUACAAGACCAGACACAAGAGAAACAAGCACACCUUCCUUGUCCAAGAUCGACCACGCAACCAAGGAAAGCGGAGGUCAAAGUAG